CACAACACUUGAAUACAGUCCAGAUAAAGAACUUAUUUCUCCAACAUAUUUUUCAGGAGCUUUUCCUCCUACUAAAGUACCUGUGCUUGGGAAGAGCCUUCAUAAGAGAAAAAGCUCAGGUUGUGCUUCUGGGCUUGGAAGCACAGAGGGUGGUGGUGGCUGUUCUGUGGUAUGUCCCCAGCAUCCCUGGGGAGAUGGGAGGGCAGCUUCUAGCAAGAAUUUUGUAGGUGUGUAGGUGUUCCUGAAUAAUAUCCCAAAUUUAGAAUAUCCAAAUUUAGAAUAAUAUCCCAAAUUGCUCAGACUGAACUUCCCACAAGCUCUUCUCCUGCACAAUCGGCUUUGAGUGAAGAAGUGACAUCCCCAGCACCUGUUCUACCUGCAAGCAACAUUCUGAAAAAUAGAAGGCAAAAUAUAUUUUGUGAGUUCUUGGAACUAAAAGGUUAGUUACUGCUUCCCCUAAAACUGUCCUUUAGCCAAUUCCAAACUGCUCACAACUUGAUGGUAGCGGCUCUCCAGCAAGAGUCACUUCAUAGGUGCAGUAAUUCCAUAUAAUUUGAUCAUUUGGAACUUGUCCUGCCAUAUUAAAAAGAUGAAGAGGUAAUAGAUCAUCAGAGUUGCUUGCAACACAAAAUAACUCCCCACACUUUGAGAGGGGUCAGGGCUCAGCAAGGGGCUCAGACUUUAUCAAAUUACCACGGCUGCAUGAGAAAUCCUUGUGGAAGAGAUAUCUUCAGAAGGAAAAACCUUUUCCAACUACAUAUAUAUUUAGUGCUUUAACAUCUUACACUCUCAAAAUGACAUUUUUAAUCCUUUUUGCUGCUUAAUACAGAAGCAAACGAGCCAAGGCAAGAUGUUUGCUGGUAAGGGAUAAUUAACUGAAAAAUAAUUUUAAGAAAAUCUGCAAAUUAUACAGUCUAGGUAAAGACUAAAAAGUGACUCCAGUUUCUGCUGUCUGGCAACUCCGUUCAAAAUGACCAAGCCAGAUUUUAGUGAGCCGUUUGGGAGAAGCAUCUGUUCCUCAAAUACCUGAGGACAGACCUCCCACAUACCUAAAGGAAGUAUGUGGGAAACUUGUCUGAGGUGGAGGUUGUGCAGGAAGAAGAGGGAAAGCAAAAAAUCCUUCAUGUGUGAGCACCUGGAGCGAUGGUGGCGCCUGGGUGUGCAGUGCAGGGUUUGGACGCACCACCCAUUGCAGGAGCACCUGUGCUUUACUGCCCAGAGCAGGGACAGACCUUGCGAUGGGCUCAUCCUCCCCAGCCACCACAUUUGUGGGUUGGAGUGUUGGAGCAGGAAUUCCCAGGGAAUGGACAGUCUGAGACAUCUUAAGUGCUGGUAAUUAGUGUGAAGCAUUGGGAGUGCCCCCAGAACAGUGAUUCCAUGGGCACGCCUCAGCUAAGCACUGCUGCAUCAUUUAAUGUUCAUUUCUGUCUCAAAAACGUCACUGAGUGAGUCUCACCCAUUAAUUUUGCGUUAAAGUGUAGGGUUUGCAUCAAAACCUCCAACUCAUAUGGCUCCCUGGUGUGGGCACUUUUCCUUUCCCAGCCUGGAGUUGCGGCAAUCUUGAUCUCCUGAAACUGCAGAGAUCUGCCUGGCAGCAGGUGUGAAAUCAGGGCAAUGGAAAUAAUAUAAAAUAUUAACAAUAAUGAUUAUAUUGCAUAGCCAGAGAGGAAGAUUAGUGGAAUGUCUAUUGCAAUAAUUCCACGAUAUUCCCAAGUUAACAUUUCUGUGUGAAUAAUUAUAUACAAAGUGAGGACUCCGCUUUAGGCUGGAAGUACCUAUCCCAAAAGCAAUGAAAAACAGCCCCAAAUCUGAUUUAGGGUUGGGGUAACUGUCUUAUGGGGCACCUUGGAGGUGACCUUUGAGGAGGGAAGGCAGGAAUGCAUGUGGUGGGCACCAGGCAGGUUCUGACAAAACAAUCAGUAGAGCAGCAAGACAAAAGAGCAAGAAGCUCCAAACUAGGGAUCUCUCGUCAAAACUUACAACAAUUAAAAUCAAAUAAAGAGUCUAAAUGGAUGGUUCAAUUACUUUUAAAAUUUUUUGGCUCCAACAGCUCUGUAAACCUGGACCAACUGAAUGCUUCAACACUGGCUGCAAGCAUCUGCAGGAUUUGUGUUUUAGCUGGAACUUGCUGGCACAGAUGAGCCUUUCCUCAAGCCCUCCAGUUGUGCUGCAUGGGCACAAGAGCAGGAAGAAGGAGACACAGUGGGAUGAAAAAUCAUAUUGGAGACUUGGGGGAAAAAUGACCAAAUGAGUCCUUGUUAAGGAAGCCUGGCAGCUGCACACUUCUGCACAUGGAAUCAAUUAGCAGCCAAAGACAACAGAGAUCUGACCGAACCCUCUUUCUCCUAAUUAGCAUCACACACUGUGCUCCACAGUGCCAAGACAAGCUGUGCCCUGCUCUGAUUCCCAAACCUGUGAGCAAAUGGAUUGCUUUGAGAAUGGAAAGAUUUGUACUCAGACAAGUUCCCAGCAGCACAGGGAGAGCAGUGGCUGUCAGGUGGCUGAGGCUGGUAGACCUGUCAGACGUCUCCGGAGGAAGAGAAGAUUGCCUCUGGAUUCGGAGGAUGAGGAGGAAAAUGCAUAUGAGGACGAGGAGAAGAAUAAAUCAAAUAAUAUGAAAAGCCGCAGAAACACUAAACCAAUAAAACAAGUGCUUCCUGGAAAGAAGAAGGUAUGGAACUGGUCUUCCUACUUGGAAGAGGAACAGAUGCCAGCUGCUCCCCAAAAGCUGUUCAGAGAGUAUCAGUCAUUCCCACAAGGCCGAAAUGGAUUUAAAGUUGGAAUGAAAUUGGAAGGGGUGGAUCCUGAGCACCCCUCUCGAUUCUGUGUUCUCACAGUUGCUGAGGUCCAGGGGUACAGGAUGCGACUGCACUUUGAUGGUUACCCAGAGUGCUACGACUUCUGGGCUAAUGCUGAUUCCUCAGACAUCCACCCUGUGGGCUGGUGUGAAAAAACAAGCCAUAAGCUGCUCCCUCCUAAAGGUUUCAAGGAGGGAGAAUUUAAUUGGACUUCCUAUCUGAAGAACUGCAAAGCUCAAGCAGCUCCAAAAAGCCUUUUUAAGACCCUCAGCAGUCCUGUCACACCUUCUGGGUUUCGUCUGGGAAUGAAACUGGAGGCAGUGGACAAGAAGAACCCGUCACUGGUUUGUGUCGCCACCAUCACAGACAUGGUGGAAAACCGGCUGCUGAUCCAUUUCGAUAACUGGGAUGAGAGCUACGACUACUGGUGUGAAACGAGCAGCCCAUAUAUCCGUCCUGUCGGGUACUGCCAAGAAACUGGAACCCCACUGACAACACCACCUGGACACAGGGAUUCCAAAGCCUUCUCAUGGGAGAAGUACUUGGAAGAAACUAAUUCCCAAGCAGCUCCUGCAAGAGCCUUUAAAGUGCGUCCUCCUCACGGAUUCCAGGUUAAUACAAAGUUAGAGGCUGUGGACAGACGAAAUCCCAUCUUGAUAAGAGUGGCAACAAUCAUUGACAAAGACAACCAUCGCAUUAAGAUACAUUUUGAUGGCUGGGACCAUCACUACGAUUUCUGGGUGGAUGCAGACAGCCCUGACAUCCAUCCUGUAGGCUGGUGUGACAAAACUGGACACGCUCUGCAAGUCCCCCUAGGUGCUGAAGACCCAGAGGGAGCAGUGGGACAGGCGUGUCCUACUCCGGGCUGCCAGGGGAUCGGGCACGUCCGGGGCCCCCGAUACGGAACACAUUACACCUUAGUUGGCUGCCCAUACUCUGAUGUGAACCUUAGCAGAGAAAACUUCUUGCAGGACCGGCUGAGUGGGGAGAGACCUUCCCCUGGGAACAUCAUGCAGAAAGCCAGGAGGCUGGAGACCCCUAGCCCAUUGCUGGGAGCAGGGGAGUCUUCUCAGGGCGACUCUUCACAAUCCAGAAAAUCUGCACCAGACAGUGAAAAGUGGUGUCAAAGCAGCAUCCACUCUCCGUCAGAGCAAUCGGAAGACAGUCGGGAGAGAGGCUGGGGAGAAGAGGGUUCCUCUGCAGACAUCAAAGCCACACCAAAAAUGCUCGGGUGCUCACAUGCCUAUAUCAAGUUUCAGCUGGUGAAACAGGAAAGCAAUGGGAAAGGCCCUGAUUUGGAUCUCCAGCAGGCCCUCCAUCAGUCUAUCUUCAUGCCUUCCCUGGCCUCUAACCCGACCCACCGCCUCCAUCUCUUCUGGGAGCAGCACUGCAGGCUCUUGCCGGAGGUCUCGGGCCUGACAGCCAAACAAGUUUCCAGAUGGACUGUGGAGGAGGUGGUGAGCUUUAUCCAGCGUUUACCCGGCUGCAAAGAGCAAGCAUCUGUGUUCAGGGAAGAGCAGAUUGACGGCGAGGCCUUCCUGCUCCUCAAGCAGAAUGACAUCGUUAAAAUACUCAGCAUCAAGCUGGGCCCUGCCCUGAAGAUCUACAAUGCCAUCCUCAUGUUCAAGACUGCAGAAGACAACUGAGAAGAGGCCUUUGGUAGAUCCAGGAGGAAUUGACAGGGAAUGGAUCUUCAGCUGUGAGCAUUACAACCCACCAGACAGGUGGAUUGGGACUCUGAUGUAUUUUAAGUAGAAUUUAGUAAAAAUGGUUUGAAGUUAUAAAAAUCCUGCCACAGUCUGGAAUAUGGGGCAGCUUCACUUCCAAGAAGAGGAUAUUAUUAUAUUUUGUAAUUGAAUUUGGUUUUGAUAUAUCAAUCUCUUUUUGAGAUCAAGAAGAAACCUCCAGUUCUAAGGGGAAUCUAGGGUAGCACUGGUGGAGCUGCAGGAGCAAGAAGAAAGUUUUGAGUAAAACUGGCUUUGUGUCCAGUGAUAGUGCCUGAAAAACUGAGUGAUCACCAGCGAGAUUAAUGUGUUCUGUGUAAUAAAAGAGAGAGGAAAAAGAUGCACUUCAAAGCAAUUCCCCCGUAUCCUUCACUGCUGUGGCUCAGGAGCUGACCUUUUCAGGACUGAUUGUUAAAUUCCAGUUUUUCGUACUGAUCCUGGUUGUUGCGAUACCCUUGGCUGCUAGGCUGCUUACACCCCAGAAGGAAGGGAGCAUGGGCAGAGGGUUUCCAUCAGGGAUGGCUUGCUCUGGUUCUGCCAGCAGGCAAAAUGUCCUCAUUCCUGUCAUUCCCUGUCAGAAGGCAAGGGCAGUGCAGGUGGGCUUUGGGUAGGCAAACAUCCCAUAGGGGCAUCUGCUGCUGGAGACAGAGAGAUGUGUUUUAGACAUAAUUCUCCCAUCAAUGCUUUUGUGCAGCUCCUUCUGCACCAGGAACAUCUGGCAAAAUGGCACAAUCAAGAGCACUUGGGGAUCGGUGUGUGUUUGUUCUUGCCCUCUCCACUGUCAGCCAAAUGCUAGGAAUAGGAGUUGGAAAGCCAGAGUGGCCAGAGUGGGCGUGUAAACAGAUUUCCUAGAAACAAAUGGCUUUUCUUUUGAACCAUCCAAACUGAUGAAUGUGAAGUGCUUUGGCCUUUUCCCCUUGAGGGGGAUGAGCUGGAGGGCAGGGUAGCAGCUCCUCUGCCUCUGGGAAGGGGGCAGGCAGAGCACACAGGGAUGUGAGACUGGAGAGGAAUCAGGACUUAAACAGCAAAAUGAGGGAACUUCCCAAAAGAAAGAGAGCUGCUGUGUGGGGGGAAAGGAGUGGAGCCUGGGGCUGUGUUCCUGCACAUGCAGCCUGUGCUCUCCUGGCUGGGAGCAUGGGUGGUUCCCUCUCCAGCAGAGCCAGUUUAAGGAGCAUGCCCAUGGACAUCCAGGGUGGGGGUUUCCACACGGGUACUUCCUGAGGUGUCCUCUUUGCUGCUGGCAGCACCAGCUCAUGGCUCUCCCUCUGGCCAGUCUCCCUGUUGGCUCUUUGGCUGUUCUAGAAUCACCUCAGCUCAGGCAGCCUUUGCAGCCCUUCAUCCAUAGCUGCCAGGCUGAAUCCUGUGUGUGGGAACCCGUGGGAGCACUGGGGGUGUGAACUGGAGCUGCCAAAGGCCUCUGCCCUCAGCCUCUGCCAGGCUGUGGGGGUGUCCCAGGGCACUGCAUGGUGAUGUAAUCCAUCCACAGGCACCUCAAACUCCCUUGGCAUCUCUGCCACCAGCGUGGCUUCCCAGGAGCUGUCAGGAACAGAGCGAACACGCUGUCCAUGACCAUGUGGUGACACAAGGAACACACUUGUUCCCCCUUCCUGUGUCACCCACAUCCUUUGUCCAGCUCUCCUGCUGCUGAGAAGGUUCUUGUGACUUGUCUGAAGCAGAAGGUUCCUUAAAAUUGUAAAUAGAAUCCACACCACUGAAGCAAUUCAAUCCUGGAAUAAUAUUUAGAGCAGUUUGUUUCCUUGUAUUUUUUUUUUAAUAAGAAUUUUAGGAGUUUAAGCUUUCACAGAGAAGACACAGGUUUGGUGGGAUGUUUAAUAGCUGAACCAUUAAAUAUCAGCCAGGCAGAUGCAGGGGAGAAAUUUAUUGCAGUGUUAAGGAUUAGGCAAGGGGUGAAUUUGGUUUAUUAAAAUACAUUUUUACUAUGAUAACCAGGAUAUUCACCAAAGAGUCACAUUCCUUUAUCCCGCUCCGCACAUCCAGUGUCAACAUUAAGUCUUGAAUUGUAAGUGGCAUGUCCUGUCCUCUGACAGAACUUGCCUUCUGGGGAAAGCAAAAUUGUUUCUUGACAACUGGAACAGAAGAUCCAGAGCUAGGCUGUUUUAUUCCUGGCUCUCCACUGACUUGCUAAAUAAUCCUCAGCCCUUCCUUGCCCCAGUUUCCCCCUCUGUGACACCCAGCCAGGUGGGGCAAGCGCAAUUUUGCCUUUUUCUUGUUUCAAGCAAGCAGGUCCUUCCAGAUUUUCUCUUUCAUCUCCUUCCUUUGGGAGCCUGAUUUGGGGGACAGCAGAUUGCCUCUAGCAAUAAACCAAAACAUAAUAUUAAUUCCAUUUUUUUACUAUAUAUAGGUGGAGGAUGAAGAGAAUCAGUUAAACAAGCCAUGAGAUUCCAGUCAGUGACAUUAUUCAAACAGAAGAGAAAUCUUUAAUCCUUGGGGCUUCCGAGCCAGCUGGAUCAAAGAGGAAAAUGUGUACUUGGAGGUUGUUCAGUGACAGCCAGCUCAGUGCUUUCAGCAGGGGGAAGGAGGAACCUUUUAGGGAUGAAAGAAGGAGGAAUGUGCUUCUUGUGCCUUUUUUUGUAAUCUGAUAAUUGUCUUUGCAGAGCAAGCAAGAAUGUGCACACAUCUAUUACCCACUCCUUUCCCAAAUAUAGCUGUAUUCCAAUUAAAUCCAGCAACUUCGCAGGACAAAAAGACUUCCAGUGUCUUCACUGGGCACAUUUUAAACUCCCUGAUAUUUACAAUAUAGAAAAAAAGUAAACCAUCUCAUCUUUUAGCGCCAUAACUUAGGAGUUCAUCGGUUGCUGGUGCCAUUCCACUUGUGUCAGAGAGUGCUGCUUUCCACUGUGUCUUGGUGAGUUGUUCCUGCUGCCUGUCCAAACUCUGCUCUGCCUGUUCCCAGUCCUGCUCCAGGCCUGUGGCACGGCCAGGGCUCUGUAGAGGCCUUUGGUUAUCUGAUGCCUUGUGUAAUUUGAAAUGUGCACUUUGAAGCAAAAAUCCAAAAGUUGUGGCUCUGUGGGGAGCAAAUCUGAAGCUGGUUAAUGCCACCUGGGGUUGGGAGGAUUUUGAGUCUGCUGGAUGUCAGCAAGAACCAGCUGUUGGCCCAGCUGAACCCAGGAGUCUCUUAGCAAUACAGAUAUAUUCCCUAGAAUCAACUCAGAGCUGUGUCAAGUUCCCAUGGGCCAGCAGUGCAAUUGGGAAUUUCCAGUUCUCAAAAGCUUAUUCCUGGCUGUGUUUUUGUUCCCUUUAUGUUGUUUUUGAAAUACAAAGCAAUCAAAUUUUUUUCUCCUCCUCUUCUCCUCGGCUAGGAGUCCUGUUAAUUUUUUUCUGUGCCAUCAGCAACAAUCAUCCCCAUAAUCCAGUAGCAGCAAAUUUCAGCUCUGGGUAAUGAAUCACAUUAAAGUUGGACUGGAGCAUUUGGCAUCGCUGACAGCAAAACUCUGCUGCUGAAGGAAAAGCCCAACACUUGGCCCAGGGAUAAGCCAGUUCAGCUGUACAAGAUUUCCUGCCUGCUACUUUUAUGCCCUACUUAGGGAUUUAUACCACAGAGAGCUUUAAAGUUUUUGACAUUCCCCCCCAUUAUGUGAUGAGCCAGCUUAUUUUGGAGAUUCCUGUUACUUGAACUGGAAGCACGUGUAGGGGAAGAGAGCAGGGGCUCGGCUCAGCCUCAGAAAUGUCUGCCUGUUUUAAACCAAAUACUUGAGCUUUUCUACACUAGCCAUGACCUUGCACUCCACCGACGCUUUCCUCUGGAAAUGUGAAUAAAAUUAAUAUAAGUUCA